CCGGCGCCGGGCGGGUGACGUCAUUGAUCCGGGGCUCGGUGGCCAAGAUGGCGCCUGUGGGGGAGAGGAAGGUUCUGGGCGGAGCGGCUGAGGGGCAGGAGGCGGCCGAAGAGGAUGAGGGCCACAACCUCUGGACAUCGAUCCUGAGUGAAGUGUCUACCCGCUCUCGAUCCAAAUUACCCACUGGGAAAAACAUCCUUGUAUUAGGUGAAGAUGGCUCAGGCAAGACAACACUCAUGGCGAAACUCCAGGGUGCAGAGCACUACAAGAAAGGGAGGGGAUUGGAGUAUUUGUACCUAAAUAUACACGAUGAAGACAGAGAUGAUCACACACGAUGUAAUGUAUGGAUUCUAGAUGGUGAGCUGUAUCACAAAGGCCUUCUUAAGUUUGCGGUUUCUGCGGACAACUUGAAGAACACGUUGGCGGUCUUUGUGGCAGACAUGGCCAGGCCUUGGACGAUCAUGGAUUCUUUGCAGAAAUGGGCCAGUGUCUUGCAAGAGCACAUCGACAAACUGAAAAUCCCACCUGAAGAAAUGAGGGAACUGGAACAGAAAUUGGUGAAGGAAUUCCAGGAGUAUGUGGAGCCUGAGGAAGGAUCUCAUGGCUCCCCGCAGAGGAGAGCUCCAGUGUCUGGUCAGGAAGAUGAGGAGGUGGUUCUGCCACUGGGUGAGAAUGUACUGACGCACAAUCUGGGCAUUCCGGUACUGGUGGUCUGCACUAAGUGUGAUGCAGUCAGUGUACUAGAGAAGGAACACGAUUACAGAGACGAGCACUUUGAUUUCAUUCAGUCACACAUUCGCCGAUUCUGCUUACAGUAUGGUGCUGCCUUGAUUUACACAUCAAUAAAAGAAGAGAAGAAUGUUGAUCUCUUGUAUAAAUAUCUUGUCCACAAAAUGUAUGAUUUCCAGUUUACCACACCUGCCUUAGUGGUGGAGAAAGAUGCAGUUUUUAUCCCUGCAGGAUGGGACAAAGAUAAGAAAAUUGCUAUUUUACAUGAGAAUUUUGCAACGGUCAAACAAGAUGAUGCCUAUGAGGAUAUAAUCGGGAAACCCCUAGUCAAAAAGCCUGUCCAUGACAAAGAAGUGGCUGCAGAGGAUGAGCAAGUCUUCCUCAUGAAGCAACAGUCUCUUCUUGCCAAACAACCUGCCACUCCUUCAAGACCUGCCGAUUCUCCAAGGCAACCAGGUGGCUCUCCCAGGACCCCAAGACAACCAGGUGGAACAAACAUGGUGACUGCGGUCCCACCCAUCACAUCGGGAACUCCAAAAGGUCCUGCUGCUGCAAAUGAAGGAGUGCUGGCAAACUUCUUCAACAGUUUAUUGAGUAAAAAGACAGGUUCUCCUGGGAGUCCUGGAGCUGGCGGAGUACCGAAUACAGCCAAAAAGUCAGGACAAAAGCCGGUUUUAACAGAUGUUCAAGCAGAGCUGGACAGGAUGUCUCGAAAACCGGAUUCUGUAGUCACAGCAAACAACUCUCCUCCAACAGAGAAUGAAGCCUAAAAGCUGCAAGAGACACUGUAUAAUAUAAUAUUUAAAAACAAAAGACCAAAUUAGACAAUUGUAUCAUUCGAGUGAGGGCCAGCAGAUGUCUAAUGCGGCAGCCGCUAUCAGUUUUAGUUUGGGGGUGGGGGGAACAUGAGGCAUUAACUUGUAAAAUGACUUGUGGCAGGGUAGGUGUGUGCAUUCCAGAAAUGUAAAUAGCCUCUGCCUGACAACACCUUAAUCAAAAAAUAAUUGUUUUAUCAGAAAGAUUAAGGGCGAAUAAAAUCUUUAGUUGACUGGCAAAGUAAAGUGUGUGUUACUGGGGGUUUGAGA